GGAAAAGCCUUAACGGGCGCAAGAACACCGCGGAGCUGCACGUCGCCAGUAGCGGGUGCACAGCGUAGAGGAAAUCAUAAAUACGAGGCGAAAGAUGGUGUAGCAUAUGGUGUGCUUUAUUCCCCGUUUCUAUCCACGGCAGGCAGCCCCGGAACGAACCACAACCCCGUGCUUUCCCGUGGAACUAUGUCGCGUGACACAUGCCUCUGUGUGUAAUUGAGACCGUGAGAUUUGACGCGUGGCCGUGUGAGGAAGCCAGAAUGUCUGCCAACGAGGCCGACGGACCGUCUAUCAUCAUGCAGCCAGUUCUAGCUUGGCGGUAAUGAUCUGACAUACAUGGCUGUGUGGGGGGAGCAUGAGUCACCAGUGUUGUGGUUUCUGCGAGGAACAACUGGAGGAGGUGUGUUGGCGUGACCAUCAGUUGACCUGCUUCAUCCAGAGUGACUGCCGUCUCUCCACACUGAAGACAUUCACUCCAUCAACACAAUGUCAGGUACCUACACACCAGCCCCCGGUGGGCCGUUCUCUGCUCUCACUCCAAGCAUGUGGCCCCAGGACAUUCUGGCAAAGUACCAUCAAAAAGACUCAGAACAGCCUGAACUUCAGUAUGACGAGUUCGGCUUCAGAAUCGACACUGAGGAUGGUGAAGAGCCUAAGUCCUGUCUGGGCAUCGAGGGCUCACCUCAGUGUGAAGACCCUCAGCAGCGACUGCGCUGGCAGGCCCACCUGGAGUUCACCCACAACCACACGGUGGGCGACCUGACCUGGGAGCUCAUCGAUCCCGUCCUCCCACGCUCUAAGCGCCUGCGUUCCCUGGUGCUGGGUGGAAUCCCUCACAGCAUGAGGCCACAGCUGUGGAUGCGUCUGUCUGGAGCGCUGCAGAAGAAAAGGACCUCAGAGAUCUCCUACAGAGAAAUCAUCAAGAACAGCUCUAAUGAUGACACCACCACAGCUAAACAGAUAGAGAAGGACUUGUUACGGACGAUGCCAACCAAUGCGUGCUUCUGUAAUCUGACCAGUGUUGGAGUUCCCAGGCUGAGGCGAGUCCUGAGGGGCCUGGCAUGGCUCUACCCAGACAUCGGAUACUGUCAGGGUACCGGCAUGGUGGUUUCCUGCCUGCUGCUCUUCCUUGAGGAGGAGGAUGCUCUGUGGAUGAUGUGCGCUCUCAUCGAAGACCUGCUGCCUCCGUCCUACUUCUCCUCCACUCUGCUGGGCGUCCAGACAGAUCAGAGGGUUCUCCGUCAGCUGAUUGUUCAGUAUCUGCCGGCACUGGACCGCCUCCUGCAGGAGCAUGACAUAGAGCUGUCGCUGAUCACCCUGCACUGGUUCCUCACGUCGUUUGCCAGCGUGGUGGACAUUCGUUUGCUCCUCAGGAUCUGGGAUCUGCUCUUCUAUCAAGGCUCUCUGGUGCUCUUCCAGAUCACACUGGGCAUGCUCAAGAUUAAGGAGGAGGAGCUCGUGUCGUCGGAGAACUCUGCAUCCAUUUUCAACACUCUGUCGGACCUGCCAAGCCAGCUGAAAGACGGACCUGCAGUUCUAGGGGAGGCUAUGAGGCUAGCAGGAACACUAUCACAGGAGACUCUGGAGGCUCACCGACACAAACAUCUCGCCUAUAUUCUAAACGAACAGGCGCAGCUCAACAAUGGAAACAACACAACACUCAACACUAACCUCAACAAGGUGGUGAGGAGACAGUCCCUGCGCAGGAAGUCCACCCUGAGCUCCCUGUUGUUCGGGGAGGACGAGGCAGAAGCCCUGAAAUCAAAGAACAUCAAGCAGACGGAGCUGGUGGCCGCCCUGAGAGAAGCUAUAGCUCGUACUGCAGAGCACUUCCACUGCCUGGACCCUCGACACUCCAGCACCGACCUGACUCCAGACUACUCCAUGGAGAGCCACCAGCGAGAUCACGAGAACUUUCUGGUGGUGUCUCGAAACCGACGGAGACGUGCGAAGGCUUUGCUGGACUUUGAGCGCCACGAUGACGACGAACUGGGCUUCAGAAAGAACGACAUCAUCACCAUCAUCUCACAGAAAGAUGAACACUGUUGGGUCGGUGAGCUCAACGGCCUCAGAGGUUGGUUUCCAGCGAAGUUUGUGGAGAUUCUAGAUGAAAGAAGCAAAGAGUAUUCUCUAGCAGGAGACGACUCUGUGACCGAGGCGGUGACAGAUCUGGCCAGAGGGACUCUGUGUCCGGCUCUGAAAGCCAUCUUCCAGCACGGCCUGAAGAAGCCGUCCAUCCUGGGAGGACCCUGUCACCCGUGGCUGUUCAUCGAGGAGGCAGCCAGCAGGGAGGUAGAGCGGGACUUUAACUCGGUCUACUCCAGACUGGUGCUGUGUAAAACCUACAGGUUAGAUGAAGAUGGGAAAGUUCUAACACCAGAGGAGCUGCUGUACAGAGCGGUGCAGUCUGUCAACAUGAGCCACGACUCGGCCCACGCUCAGAUGGACGUCAAGUUCAGAUCUCUGGUCUGCGUUGGCCUCAAUGAACAGGUGCUGCACCUGUGGUUGGAGGUGUUGUGCUCCAGCAUGGCUGCUGUAGAGAAAUGGUAUCAUCCGUGGUCAUUCCUGCGUAGUCCUGGGUGGGUGCAGAUCAAGUGUGAGCUCAGGGUCCUUUCAAAGUUUGCCUUCAGUCUCUCCCAAGAUUGUGAGCUACCUGACAAGAAGGAGGAGAAGGAGCAGAAACCUCUCAAAGAAGGAGUGCAGGACAUGCUGGUGAAACAUCACCUCUUCAGCUGGGACAUCGAUGGCUAGACGUCUGAAACCUCCCGGUCCAACGUGUUCCUCAACAUAUUUCAUGUUUCCUCACCUUUUUAUUAGACUGUCUGCUAAAGAAGACCAUCACCCCGUCACCUCUGGAGAAUAACACCCAAACAAUGACUGAAACUCAUCAUACAGUGCAACUGAAGCAUGUGUACAUUACAGUGCAUACUUUAUUUUUAUCCAAACCUAGAUAGGAGGUUUUUCUACACAUGUGAAGCCCUCCUGUAGUAGAAUAGUCUAUAGUCAGCACUCUGGCCCUUGAGUCCUUCAUCGUGAGCUCCAGAGUCCCAGGAGACGUUCUAACAUGGUUCAUAAAUUCCACAUGACCCUGUAAAGCCCCAGAUUUAAAGACCAAAACAGAACAUUCCUAGACAUGAAGCUGUAAAGUUCCAAACUAUUUUUGAGAGGAAUGGUCCUUUUACCUCAGUGUCCUGAAUUCCAGAAUAUGUUGCAUUAAAUCCUCAUGCCAAGAAUAGCCUUUUCAGAUUGUGAUACAGAGCAGAGCUAGCGUGUUUCCCAAACAGUUGUAUGAUAAAAUGUACAUGAAGGAGAUGAUUUGUGUUACAUAAAUACAUGUUACAAAUAUAUAUAUAUAUCAUCCAGAACUUGGAAUGUUUUUUUUCUUUUUGUAUAUAAAUCAAGUUUCACAAGUUAAAGCAGCUGAAUAUAAGUACUGAUCUGUAGCUUUGACUACAUAAUUUAAAAAACAAAUUAUAUUAUUAUUGAUCUUCCUCAACCAAAACUUCUGUUUACUUGUUCAAUUUUUUGCAGAUUUGGUUUUUGGAUUUUGUUCUAUCGGUUGUUCCUCCUGCUGAGCUAAUUUGAUCUUUUACUAUAAUUUCAUUUAUUUUUUUUAAUCUGUGAUUUCUGGGUUUACAUGACUGUAACUGUUCUAUGCUGUGUAGAUCUCAUUAUGUUCAGAAAUCUAAAUCCACUGGAAGAUUCUACUCAACUUUCCACCUGCAACAUAAACUGAUGAGACCUCAGCCCUCGACUGUACAUAAAUGAGCAGAAUACUGAAGGAAAAAUAACACAAACACGAUGAAAACCCG